UUGAUAUUCUGGAAUGAGUACAAACACACUGUACUCUGUUGAUUCAAUAUGCCGCGUUUGCUUAGAAUAUGUCGAGAGCAGUACAGUGUAUGACCUGUUUUUAUUGCCAGAUCUCGCAAAGACAUUUACAGUAUGCACGUCCUUGUUGGUGGAUCCCCAAGACGGCUAUCCCAGAAAUCUCUGUUCCACUUGCUUCGCCAGAUUAAACGACCUCCAUGAUUUUCAGCAGCUCUGCGUCGCCUCAGUGCAGCGCUUUAAGCAAAUGGUAGCCAGCAAACUCAUCGUUGAUGUCAACACAGUUGACAUUUACGAACCGCUGCCAGUGGCCAGCAACGAGUCCGCACUCGUGUCCAAGGAUGAGCAGCCAAGCAAUGAGUUCGAUCCUUUGCUAAGUCAUAAAUUGGAGAUGAUUGACAACGAAGAGGAAGUCUUUAAAAUGCUGGAGAACGUUGACAAGGAAACCGAGACCGUUAAACAAAUUUCAAGCGACUGCUCAUCGGAGUCUAGCCUUAGCGAUGAUGAUGUUCCUUUGGCUCAGCGCCUGCUAGACCAAAACAGCGAAACGGAUAGCGAAGCAACGUGUGAGAGGCUGGCCAACUCAAAGGCAAAACGAAAGCGCAUUCCCGCAGCUGAACGCCAUCUUCACCGCAUUAUCACCUGCCAUGUCUGCCAGCAGAAAUUUAAGAAGCAAGUCAACUACGAUGAGCACGUAAAGCACCAUAACGAACUGUUGCCCUUUCAGUGCCAGGUGGAGAACUGCAAGAAGGGCUUUACGACAGCGGCAGCACUGCGACUGCAUGUGGACUAUGCGCACACGAAAAGCGCCGCUGAAAUUCCCUGCACUGUCGAGGACUGUAAGCUGCUGUUUCCACGCAUGCGACUACUAACAAUUCAUUUAAAAAAGGUGCACAACAUGUCGCGCGCAAGUGUGCCACGGGCGGAGCAGCCGUGCACCGAGUGCGGUAUGCCAUUUCGCUGCCCAGUCGCCCUUAAGAAGCACAUGUACAAACACACCGGGCAGCAGCUGCCCUAUCCGUGCAAUAUAUGCGGCAAGGGCUUUCACAUAAACAGCGCGCUUAAAAAUCAUCUGCUGCGGCACGCAGGCAUCAAGAACUAUGUGUGCCCAUAUUGUGGUGUGGGCAAAACCACGCGACAAGAGUGGAGCAAACACAUUCUCACGCACACGCAGGAGAAAAUGUUCAAGUGCCAGAUCUGUGAUCAUGCUACACACACGAAGCGGGCGCUGGAUAAUCAUGUGAAGAUUGUGCACGAGAAAGUUCGAAAUUAUGCGUGUCAAUACUGCGGCAAGACAUUUGGGAAGUCGCAUGCAUGCAAAAUCCAUGAGAUGACGCACACCGGCGAGAAGCGUUGCGAGUGCAAGGUCUGCGGCAAGAAGUUCUUGUACACAGAGAGCUUAACCAAGCAUCUAAAGAUACACGAGAAGAGUGUAGAUCGUGCCAUUCAGACCUACCGCCAGCGCCAAGUGGAACUCAGUAGCUCAAACCCAACUGUUGAACAGGCUAUCAGUGAAGCAUCCGAUUCUCUGGCGAAAAAUGAUGCCAAUGCAGCGGACCAGCUAUUGAAAGUGUGCGCCGAGUCAGUGGCUACAAUACCACGGGAUCCGCGUCGUGUCGAACGUGUGGACAUUGCGCAAUUGGCAGGCACCGUUGUGAAUCCCAUUCCCGCCGUCUUAAUGCCCUCCAAUGCAGCAACGCAAGUAAAGCUUGUGCAGAAGGAGGGCAUGCAUUUCUGCCCGGGCUGCAAUCAAGCCUUUAACAAUUUGGGCAACAUGAAGCGACAUUACAAAAGCGUCCAUGAAAAGGUCAAGGACUUUGAGUGUCGCUUCUGUGCUCGUCGCUUUGCCAACUCACAAUCUCUUAAGCAACACGAAUGGAUACACACGGGCGAGAAGCCGUAUGCCUGCAAGACCUGCGGCACCCACUUUCGUCAGGAGGCGGCUUUGAUUCGCCAUCAAAAGGUGCACGAAGAGAAACCAGCGAAGCCGGCAAACCGUCCAAAACAAAUAACAGAAAAGUUUCGGGAAAAGGAACUGCAAAAAUGUGAGAAGAGGCGUAAAGUUGAAGCAUUGCGUCAAAAGAUCGCUGAAGUAGCUAAAGAGGAGCUCCGGGAGCUGGCCAAGCAGCGUAUGCUGGAAAAGCAGCAAAAUACCUACGCGCAGUACCAGGAGGCAGCAGCGGCGGCUGCUGAGAAGACACAGGCACCAGAUGAAACCGAGAGCAAAGAGUUCUCUUACUGAGAGAGCACAUUGGGUGCUAUAUGCUUCCAAGUACGAUAAUAUAUGGGAGAUGUUAUUGCUGGUUAAUAUUUAACUGUGAGAUAGUUGUCCAUUAGAUAUGAU